AUGGGGAUCAGAUCCAGAAAUGCCGCUAACGGCGCCGAGGACUCGCGCGAGCGGAAGAGCGCGCUGGCCGGAGAGCUGGAGCAGUGUUCGGGGCAGGAGCGGGACGGCGCGCUGCUGCUCGUCGGCUCAGUUAGGGAGUCGGACUUCAAACGGGGUUCGCAGAACAUCGGUCUACUCGCCAAGACGCCCCUGGGCUACACGCGACCCGUGAAGAGGAAUAACAUCAGGAAGCGACGCAUCCAGAACCUCAUCUACGACGCGCUCGAGAGACCACGAGGAUGGGCGCUGCUUUACCACGCGUUUGUGUUUCUGAUUGUUUUAGGAUGUCUGAUUUUGUCGAUUUUAACAACGUUCAAAGAACAUGAGAAAGAUUCUGCUCAAUGGCUGGUGAUUCUGGAGACGUUUACAAUCUUUAUUUUUGGGGGUGAGUUUGCAUUGAGGAUCUGGGCUGCCGGCUGCUGCUGUCGAUAUAAGGGCUGGAGAGGGCGGCUCAAAUUUGCUCGCAAACCACUGUGUGUCUUGGAUAUCUUUGUUCUGAUCGCUUCGGUACCUGUGGUUGCCGUACGUAACCAGGGAAAUGUGUUGGCCACGUCGCUACGCAGUCUGCGUUUCCUGCAGAUUCUGCGAAUGCUACGAAUGGACCGCCGUGGAGGAACCUGGAAACUGCUUGGAUCUGCAAUAUACACACACAGCAAGGAGCUGAUCACAGCAUGGUACAUUGGUUUCCUGUCGUUGAUUCUGGCAUCCUUCUUGGUAUACCUGGUUGAAAAGGAUGAUACCGCCAACACCACCACCACGACCACAUUAGAGCUAACCGACAAUGAUGGCCUCUCCCCAACACCUGCCCCGCAGGACUUUGACACAUAUGCAGAUGCCCUCUGGUGGGGACUGAUCACCUUGACAACCAUCGGUUAUGGUGACAAGACCCCAAAGACAUGGCCGGGUCGUCUUCUGGCCGGGACCUUCGCUCUUAUUGGCGUGUCGUUCUUUGCACUGCCAGCUGGUAUUCUUGGUUCUGGGCUGGCUCUGAAAGUUCAGGAACAGCACAGACAGAAGCACUUUGAAAAGCGUAGACAUCCUGCGGCUUCAUUAAUACAGGCUGCAUGGAGAUACUACUCCACUAAUCCUGUCAGAGAAGAUCUCAUUGCCACGUGGAGAUUCUACGAGACAGUGAUCUCUCUGCCAUGCUUCAGGAAGGAUCCUCUUGAGGUUAUGGCUAGUCAGAAAUUAAGUUUGUUGGAACGUGUGCGGUUAUCAACUCCGAGGCCGUCGAUGGUAAGGGCGCGUGUGAUGAUGCCUGCUGUAAAUCCUGACAGCGUGUCAGGGAACUGUGGGCCAGCUGAAGCGAUCGAGGAGAGUCCAUCAAAAGAGGGAAAACCAGCUGGCUUCAGUAACAGAGAGAGAUUCAGAACUGCUUUCAGAAUGAAGGCCUACACCCUGAGACAGAGCUCUGAGGAUGGAGGUGGUUUGCCUGAUCCCACACCUGAGGACAAGGGCUUCCCACCUGAUAUACUGAUGGAGGAGAUGAUUCCAACUCUCAAAUUAGUGAUACGAGCAGUGCGGAUCAUAAUGUUCCUGUUGAGUAAAAAACGUUUUAAGGAGACUCUGAGGCCGUAUGAUGUAAAGGACGUGAUUGAGCAGUACUCUGCAGGACAUCUGGACAUGCUUACCAGAAUCAAAUAUCUACAGACAAGAAUAGAUCUGAUUCUGACACCUGGUCCACCUCUCACUCCAAAACACAAGAAACCCCAGAAAACACCAUUUCCAUAUCCCUCCCAGCAGUCACCUAGACAUGAGUCAUAUCUUGCCAAAGCAGGCCUGCCAGAUGCUGAAGACCAAAGCAUGAUGGGUAGAUUUGUGCGGGUUGAAAGACAGGUGGAAGACAUGGAGAAAAAGCUGGAUUUCCUGGUGGAUAUGCAUAUGCAACAUGACUUCACAGGACCCGCCCACAUUACCAUGGAGCGCUGUGAGCCCACUUUGACUGUCAGUGUUGCAGGAGACCACGUGUACUGCAGUUAUGCUCCCCCAUCACAUAAUACACUAUAUUACACACACUCACACUCGAACACACACCCACCAAGGCCCACCGUCCUUCCCAUUAGCCCACUGCCAUGCCAAUCCCAGUUCUCCAAUGUCAGCCAAUCAGGAGGCCACAGGGUGGGAACACCACUAUCGUUGAUGUCGGUCACUCACGAGGAGCUGGAACGUUCGCCCAGUGGGUUCAGCAUCUCGGCUGAGAAAGAAGAGGUCAUGGGCAAGGCCUCUGGGUUAACAGCAGGGUCAAGUUGGGGUCAUGAACGCCGCUAUUUGGCUGAGGGGGAGACAGAUACGGACACUGAUCCCUUUACCCCCAGCGGACCUGUUCCACCCUCUACCACCGGAGAUGGUUUCCACUCCGAUGGAGCAUGGGGAACGCCACCCUAA